AAAAAAUCUGGCUUUAUGACACAACUUUCACAGGGUAUUUUAGAGAAUAUCUCAGGUUUCCACAGAAUAUCCAUUACUGAACAGUCUAAGGAGCUUCAACCCCUCAUGGCUGACACAGUUCUACAGACAGAAGCACUAAAGAAGUCACAGCUACAGCAGAAUGGGCAGCAAAACUCACAAGCUGAGUCAACUAAUGCUCAGAAGAUCAAAGCCAAACUCACACGCUUUGUGUCAUACUUCUCUGGGGAUAUGGCUCUUUUUGGCAAGUGGAUGAAAGGACAGUGCAUAGUGCUUCAGAUUUUCGAUUGGGUAUUGAGAGGUGCAGCACAGGUCAUGUUCAUAAAUAACCCCAUAAGUGGACUGAUCAUCUUUGCUGGACUGAUCCUCCAGAACAGAUGGUGGGCUCUCAAUGGCUUUGUGGGCACAAUCUUUGCUACAAUCUCGGCUCUCAUUCUCAGACAAAAUAGAGGGGCAAUCGCAGCAGGCCUGUAUGGAUACAAUGGAAUCCUGGUUGGUCUUUUAAUGGCUGUCUUCUCCAAUGCAGGUGACUGGUACUGGUGGCUUCUGCUGCCCAACAUCUUCAUGUCAUUGGCAUGCCCAAUCGUGUCCAGUGCCCUGACCUCCAUCAACAGUCGGUGGGAUCUGCCAGUCUUUACCCUGCCUUUUAACAUCCUGGUGUGUCUUCAUAUGGUAGCUACAGGCCACUACAACCUCCACUUCCCCCAGGUUCUCAUCCAGCCAAGAAACUCCUUCUCCAACAUUACAUGGUCUGAGCUGGAUUAUGCUUUGCUCUUCCGCUCCGUUCCUGUGGGCAUUGGGCAGGUCUAUGGUUGUGACAAUCCUUGGACAGGAGUCAUAUUCAUUGUGGCCCUGUUCAUUUCUUCACCAAUAACUUGUGCACAAGCUGUUAUUGGUUCAGCUAUUGGGAUGGUGUCAGGUCUCGCUCUUGCAACACCAUUCCAGAGCAUUUACUCUGGACUGUGCGGAUACAACUGUGUCUUGGCUUGCAUUGCUAUUGGUGGAAUGUUCUAUGCACUCACAUGGCAGGUCCAUCUCCUGUCUAUAGUCUGUGCAUUUUUCUGUGCAUAUCUUGGCUCCGCAAUUGACAAUUUGAUGGCUACUUUCGGACUUCCAGCAUGCACUUGGCCCUUCUGCUUGUCGGCCCUUACGUUCCUCUUGAUCACCACGGACACAAAUACAAUCUACAAGCUGCCUCUUAACCAAGUUACCUACCCAGAAAAAAACCUCGUGUUCUACUGGAAGAUGAAGAAGGAGGAGAAGGCUAAAAAAAAGCAGAAGGAAGUCAAAAACAAAAUGUUGCUAGAGGAGGAGAAAGAGGCACAAAGGCUCAAAGACACCGAGUUAAGUAGAGGGCAGCAUUCGGAAAACAUGCCCAUUGCUGGAAUCACAGAGAUCUACACUACUACACUGUAAUUAGCUAAAAUAUGAAUCAGCACAUCGUAGAGUAACUUUCACUUAUACAUAGAACAAUGCACAAUAGUUUAGGUUUCCUCCCAGGAAUGAACUAAUGAGAAAACACUUAAAUUGUUGAAUAUAUGACGAUGAUAUUUUGGAUGUAAAAUGAAUGUCUGUAUAGAUGUGGAAAUUACCAAAACAACUUUAUGUUUAAAAAAAAUAUGUUUAAAAUUUAAAACUUUAUGUUUAACAAAAUUAUGUUUAAUUAGCCAAAACAGUCAGAGACGCAGAAAUGCCCAUCCUCCACUGAGCUACAGUACAUGGGCACAAUCUCGGCAUCUCUACUGAAUGCAGCGUCUAAGCAAUAGCUAUAAACACAGUAUAGAAUAAGAGAAUAAUCUUUUUACCCACUCACUACACUCAGUAUCACCUCCUAAUAAUCUCACAGUGGUAAGCAUGUAGGACUGUAUAAGGUGAUACUGAUAUUUC